AGUGCUUGGAUUGAAUCUGGAUGGGUGUAACGCCUGUUCCCUAAGAGACACGAAACCCGCUGCUGCUCUUUCUCCUCUGAGCGAUUUUCUCUGGGUUUGCAGCCAUCUGUAUGUGAUUUGGGCCCCAGCUAAGGGAGAGGCAGGCCAACUGGGGAAGAGGAGUCAGGGCGAAGGAGGAGAGAGAAAGGGAGGAAGUUCACACAAGUUAGUUUCAUGGGGCUUUGCUGAGAAGAGAGGCAGAGCUGCAUCUGAAACGCUGGAGUAGAGGAGCUAAAAGAUACAGCAGAGCGAAGAUCUGCCCUCAAGACACUGAGAGCAGCGGAAGAGGGCUGAUCAGUAAACACUUUGAUGGCUUCUAAAUGUUUGUCUGGCUGCUGCCUGCUGGGCAUCCUCUUUGGGAUUGUGUGUCCAACUUCUGCCGUCAGGCUGGGGGAACAGCAGCAGACUUUGCUCAGGGUUUGUGAAAAAGGAUCUUUCCUGAGCGAGCACGGAGAAUGUCUGCGCUGUAACUGCUUAGGCAAGGCUGACUACUGCGAGGACAUCACAGGUGUCUGCAUUAACUGUAGGGUCCCCAGCACAGGGGACUUCUGUGAGCUGUGUCAGGAAGGAUACAGUCUAGCUGUGGGCCUGAAUGGACAGCUCAACUGCGAACCGUGCGCCUGCCCCCUCUCCAGCCCGUCCAACAACUUUGCUGUGCGCUGUGAAAGCAGAGGCGCUACUCUAAGAUGCAUUUGCCAGGAAGGGUAUGCAGGGCAUUACUGUGAGAGGUGUGCCCCUGGUUACUACGGCAACCCAAUGGAAAUUGGUGACUCUUGCAAGAAGUGUGAUUGCAACGGCAACUCUGACCCCAACCUGAUCUUCAGUGAGUGCCACAACGUGACAGGCCACUGUCAACACUGCUGGGGCAACACUGCGGGCACCAACUGUGAACGCUGCGCCCCCGGUUACUACGGCGACGCCAUCGACAGCAAAAACUGCAGAGAGUGCAAGUGCAACAAAUGUGGCACGUCUUCCUGCGAUGACAGGACAGGUGUUUGUCACUGCAAGCCAGGGGUGACUGGGCCUCUCUGCGACCAUUGUGAGGAGGGUUACUCUGGUUUCUCCAGCUGUCAGGGCUGCCGGAGGUGUGAAUGCGGGCCGGCUUCCCUUCGCCCCACCUGCCAUCCUCUCACCCACAGCUGUCUGUGCCGCCCCGGAGCCGGAGGGCGUUACUGUGAGCGCUGCCUGCCAGGAUACUGGGAUUACAGCCCUUCCGGCUGCCAGAAAUGUGACUGUAAGAGUGGCUACUGUGACAUGCAAACAGGAGAGUGUCUGACUGAAGCAACAAUCAACAUGUGCAACAACAGUUGUGAUGAGUGCAUCUGGCAGCUGAUUAGAGAUUUAAAACUCUCCAAUAAGACUCUGGAUGAGCUAAAGGUUACUGUGUUAAACAUCUCCACCGGUGCUGCAGCUAACGACAGACUGAAAUACUACAACUACACAGCUCAUCAACUCCAGACCCAGUUUCAAGCUUGGAGAAAGAAGUCUUCUGCAUUGAAGGCCAAGCCUGUGGAGCUGGAGAAAUCUGCAGACUCCACGGAGCUGAACAUCAGAGAGCUGGAGGACUCGGAGAUUGUGCUGAAAAACGUCGGGCAGGAACUGGACAACAGCUCUCUGCAGACUUUCACCAGAGCGCAGCAGCUCAGCACCAACCUGUCCGAUCUCAACCAUCUCAUCGAAGAGAUGAUCCAUGACUGGGAGGUGUACAGUGUUCAGCAGGAUAUCGAUCCAGAGGAAAAGAGACGUAACUUUGAGCUGGUCCAGCAGAUGCUCAGCUGGAUGAGGCAGCUUGACGUGUCACAACAACUACCUGUUGCCAAGAACGAGUCGACCGAGGCCCACGACUUGCUAAGGCGCAUCCAUCAGCUGGAGAAGAAGCUGAAAACCACCGGGAGCCGCCUUUCUCCUAUUAAGGAGCUCAUGUCUCGCUUCUCCAUCAGGCUGAAGGAGGCUCAAGACUUUCUCCUGAGAGCAGCCACCACACUGGAGGAAAGCAAGAACAAACACAGGGCCAGCAUCAUCCAACUCCACAGGAAGAAGGCGAAGCAGCAGAGGUUUGCCAAGGACACUUUGGAUGUCAACAUCACCCUGGAGACUAGCAGAGUUUUCCUGAUUGAAACCCAGCAGACAGCGGCAGACCUGGAGGCUUUGGUUCAGAAUGUGACGGAGUAUCAUGCUGCCAUUGAUGGUGCCAGCCAGAGGCUGGUGGAGAAGACGGAGCAGCUCAUGCUUGCAGACAGGGAUUUGGUCCAGAGAGCUGAUGAGCACGCUCAGAACAUGGAGCGAGAUGCCAACAUGCUGGAAGAGGAUCUGAAAGAAAGUGACGCCAACGGUUUUGUUCAGAAAGCCAUCAGCGCCGUCAACGUUUACAACAACAUAGUGAAAUACAUUGAGGACGCCAACAUCACAUCACGCACCACCCUUAACUUAGCUCAGAGAGCUGAAGACGCCAUCACUGGGAUUAAUGCCCAGCUGGAUUACCUGGUGACACAAAGUGACAAUGUUUUCAAGAAGUCAGUUUCUCUGUUUUCAGAAAAAAUGGAGGUGGAGAAAGAGGCAACAGACAAAAUUAAUUACAUUGAGGAGACUCGGGAGAUUAUGGACAAGAACGCCAAAAAACUCAAAGAAAUAGAACAGGACAUCAGUGAAAUUCACACCGAUAAAACCCGACGACGAUUGGAUUUUACCUCACAAGUAGCUGACAGGACUUUGAACCGCUCAGCGGAAGUGCUUCAAACUGUCACCCCUAUCCACAACAAGGUGGAGGAGUGGGACAGCAACAUGAGAAAGAAUAAAUACUCCGUGACUGCAUAUGAACAGGCUGUUGACUCAGCAGGGAAAGCUGUGGAGAGACUGAAUGCGCUCGUUCCUGAACUACUGAACAGGCUCAAGGUUGUAGAGAACAAGAAGCCAGUGAAUAAUGUCACUACCAACAUCGUGAGGAUCCGAGAGCUCAUCGCCCAAGCCAGGAGUGUGGCCAAGAAAGUUCAAGUCUCCAUGAAGUUUGAUGGGCAAUCUUCUGUAGAGCUUCAUCGUCACAGCAACCUGGAAGACUUGAAGACAGUGACCUCCAUUAGUCUGUUCAUGAGGGUGGAUCCAGACAAGGACCCCAUUGAGGACCGAUUUGUCUUGUACCUGGGAGAUAGAAAUGGAUCAAAAGACUACAUGGGGUUAGCCAUCAAGAGUGACAACCUGGUGUUCAUUUACAAACUUGGAGGAGAAGAAGUUGAGAUCUCUCUCACCUCAAAGCCUGUCAGCCAAUGGCCUGCAGUCUUUAACUACAUCAAAGUUGAACGGCUUGGCAGGCAUGGUAAACUCUUCCUGACCAUACCGAGUCAGAGUUCCAGUGAUGAGCAAAAGUUCAUUCAGAAAGGCGAAGCUCCAGGCAAAGAAUCUCUGUUUGACACAGAUCCCAAAGGCACUGUCUUCUUUGUUGGCAAAGUUCCGCCAGACGUCACGCUGCCACCUCUUCUGAGUCUUGCUCCUUUUGUGGGUUGCAUCGAGUUGGCUUCUCUGAACAACGAUGUCAUCAGUUUGUACAAUUUUAAAAAGAUUCACCCAACAAAUAAUUUGCCACCUCCGUGCCCAAGGUACAAGUUGGCCUUCUCUCAAAGUCGCAUUGCAAGCUACCUGUUUGAUGGAACAGGUUACGCUCUUGUAAAUGACAUCGAGAGGAAAGGAAAGUUCGGCACUGUGACCAGAUUCGACAUUGCUGUGCGAACAGUUGCAAACAAUGGUGUCAUUUUCCUAAUGGUCAACGGGGACAAAUUCUUCCUUCUGGAGAUGAAGAAUGGCUUUUUGCGACUCAUGUAUGACUUUGGCUUCAGCACUGGGCCAAAACUUCUAGAGAACAAUUUACCAAAGUUUCAGAUAAAUGAUGCAAGAUACCAUGAGAUGUCAGUGAUCUACCACCAGUCAAAGAAGGUCAUUCUGCUGCUGGACAAGAACCACGUCAAAACAAUGGAGAAUCCUAAAACCACGCUGCCCUUCUCAGACAUCUACAUUGGUGGGGCUCCAUCCAGUAUCCUCAAAGCCAGGCCUGAACUGUCCUCCGUGGUUGGCCUGAGAGGCUGUGUGAAAGGAUUCCAGUUUCUGAAGAAAGACUUCAACCUUUUGGAGGAGCCUGGCACCAUUGGCAUCAGCAGCGGUUGCCCAGAGGAGUCCUUUACGUCUCGUAAUGCCUAUUUUACUGGAAGCGGCUACCUGGGAUCCACAGCAAAGAUCUCGCCUUUUGACAGUUUUGAAGGAGGAAUGAGCUUUAGAACCCUGCAGCCCAGUGGACUUCUGUUCUACCACACUGAAGAGUCCAGCGAGUUCAGCAUCUCUGUGGAGAACGGAGCAGUAGUAUUGAACUGUAAAGGCACAAAGGUCAAAUCCCACAAAAAGCAAUACAAUGAUGGAAGGACACACUUCUUAAUGGCUUCAGUGAACAAGCAGGUUUACUCUCUGGUGGUGGAUGAUAAAGACAAGCGGGAGAACAAACGGCCUUCAUCAGCCUCAAAGUCCCCUGUUGAUUCUGCCAUGAAGACUUUCUACUUUGGAGGCUCUCCAAGCAGCAGCUUCAAGAACUUCAGUGGCUGCAUCAGCUACACUUACAUCAGCAGGGAGGACCAAGACAUUGAAGCUGAGGACUUUCAGAAGUACACAGAGAGGGUCCAAACAUCUCUACAGGACUGUCCGGUAGUCAGCCCUCCAGCAGCUCAUUUGUUUAGGCACAGAAAUGCUACUUCAGGAUCCAAACAGACCCAGAAGGUUACCAGAGAUGAAUCCAGUCUCAUAAGUGACCUAAGGGGGAAUGAACAGGAGCAAUCAGAACCAAACGUGGAGCCCUGCUUCCUCUCCAGUAGUCCCAGAGCACUGCAGGAUGCCUUCCAUUAUGGAACCACUGCCAACAGCAGGCAGCACUACACAAAUGUCCCCAACUCUCUUUCCAAGAGGUUCAAUUUCUCCGUAUCUCUGAAGACUCAGUUGUCCUUUGGCCUCAUCUUUUACAUAUCAGAUAGUCGCGAGGACAAUUUUAUUUCGCUGUUCCUGAGUCACGGAAAAAUUGUCUACACGUUCAACGUAGCAGACCAGAGAGUGAAAAUCAGCGGGAAAGGCAGACUUGAUGAUGGCGCAUGGCACCAUAUAAACGUCACCCGUGAUGGGAACCUUGGCCGCUUAACAGUAGAUGGACUUCCAACCCUAGAGGACAGAGCUCAUAGAAGAAACGAACCCUGGCAGAUUAGCCGCCCUCUGUUCAUCGGUGGAGUUAUUCCAGGGUUGACUCUAAAGAAUAUUCCGAGAAACUCGGCGCUCAGCUUUACUGGUUGUUUGAAGAAUCUGCAGCUGAAUGACAGGAAACUGUCGACUCCAGCAGAGAUGUUUGGGGUUACCCCAUGCUUCCAGGGACUUUCUGAGCCAGGAGCAUACUUUUCAGAAGAAGGAGGAUAUGUUGUCCUGGAUAAAUCCCACCAGUUGGGGCUGAAGUUUGAGCUGGUCAUGGAGCUCCGCCCCCGUGUGGCGUCUGCUGUGUUACUGCAUGCUCGCUCAUCAGAGCAAUUUUUCACUCUGUACAUCCAUGAGGGCGCGGUGGUGGUCGUCGUAAAAGAUGGCCCUCAUGAGUUCUUCACUAAAGUGUCUCUAAGGCAUGGUGUGUGUGAUGGCACGUGGCACAGAAUCACAGUGAUCCGGGAUGUUGGCAUCCUCCAGCUGAACGUUGACUCUGAGGUCAGUCAUGUCGUGGGACAGGUAAAGUCCAGCUCCGCCGACCCCGGGAUGCUAGUGUUCAUAGGCGGAUUCCCAAAUCACUUCCCCACAGACAAAAAUGCCACCAGGAAAUCCUUUGUGGGCUGCAUGAAGAAUCUGACCAUCAACGACAGUCCAGUCAGCCUCAGCAAAGCAGUUCUGGUCAGUGGAGCGGUCAGUGUGGGAACCUGCCCGGCGGCAUGACUCUUCCUUGAGCAGAGAGCAAAUAAUUAAAUCUGUUUUUAGGACACCCAUCGGCUGAAAGGGUUCUUCACACUCCUUCCUAUCGUUAGUUGAUUUAUAUUUGUAUCCAUUGGUAAAGAGACCAAAUCCUCUAAAAACUUGACCAUCUUUAUGACUAAAAAGGUUAAUAAAUCUAUCUGUAAUGAAGACAUCCUUUGUUUAAGCACUGUCAUGCAAACACAAGUCUUGUGUGUGUUUUUUACACCUGUUCACUUUAUAUAUCAGCUUAUUUCUGACAAUAAAUAGUAUCCGUCAAUAACGUC